AUUGCGGCGCAGCUGAAAAGCUUAGAGGUGACCAUGUCUGAGACCUUUCUUGUCCAUUACAUAUUGUGCACUUUACCUCAUCAGUACGGUCCAUUUAAGAUAUCCUAUAACACACAUAAAGAUAAAUGGUCCAUUAAUGAAUUGAUGACCAUGUGUGUUCAAGAGGAGGAGAGACUACUGAUGGAGGAAGGUGAGAAAGUAAACCUAACGGUCCAUGGCAAAAAGAGAAAGCAUGACACAAAGGGGAAGGGACCUGUGCCAGCUGAGCGGGUUAUAAAGAAGGAGUCUACGUGUUUUUUCUGUAAAAAGAAAGGACACAUGAAGAAGGACUGCAUUAAGUUCAAAACCUGGCUCGAAAAGAAAGGGUAUGGAAAGCCUAAGGAAACCAAUGGGAAGUGAACAGUUCAUCUAUUCCGGUAGUCGGAUGC